UUGGAACCUCAAAUAUCACCUUUUAAUUUAAAACUUCUCAUUUUAACGCCUUCCCCAACAAAAAACCACAAAUAGUAACCACCAUUCUUCACCCUGUUUUUUGCUCCAAAAAUUUCGCAUCGGUUUUUUUUUUCUUUCUUUUGUCUUCAAACCAAUUUCUCAUAAUCUCUUUUUGAUUUUUAAGUUUUAACUUAUUUCUAGAUAGGAGAGUAAGUAAAUAUACUAAACUGUGAAGUUUUUCAUUUCGUUGAUUUUCAACAACGGUUCCAGAAAUGUCUUUAGGGUUUAAUAGUUACAGUUAUGGCCGUGCACUUUCUAGGAAGAGGAUUGUGGUUUCCAUCAACGAUGAAGCUUCUCAUAAAAUCGAUUCGAUUCAAGUAACGUCUUCAUUGAAGAGAAUGUGUAGCGGAAAAUUUAAUUCCAUUUCUGAAAAAUCUCGCCUUGAAUCUCUUCCUCAAGAUCUUCUUGUUAGGGUUUUAUGUGGUGUGGAUCAUGAUGAUUUGGAACAGCUUUUUAAUGUCUCUUCAUCGAUUAGAGAAGCAAGUGAGAUUGCUAAGCAGAUGCAUUUUGAGUUCAGUACACCAAAGAAAAACACUGUUGCUGUUCGUUCACCAUUUGAUAUUGAAAAUGGUUUUGAUGAAAUUGAAGCUCCAAAUGCACCAAUGUUGAAGAAAUCUAAGCCAAUAUUGUGUGCUAAUAAACUUGCUGGUAUCUCAGUAUCAUUGUUUCCUUAAUUUAAGGAAAAACCAAUGAUGAGAACUUGAGAAGCAACAAUUCAUGAUGGAAUAGUUGUGUUGUUUCUCUUGUUUUGGUUUUUGAUGAGUAAAUAGAUUGCUCCUGUUGUUCUUGUAUAUUGAAAACCAUACAUUAGAUAAGGGCUUCUUAGAGGUUUAGGAUCUUCAAAUCUUUCAUUGAAGAUUGAUUUUACUUGGUUGUAAUCUUUUCUGUACAUCUAUAGGCAGAUAGAAUGUGACAGAGAUUCUAGUGAUUUUGUUUGGAGGGGAUAUUAUAGGCCCUUCUAGUCUGAUAAAUUUGAGUGUGCACUGUGUAUACAUACCAAUUGCAUACUCUCUAUGCUUUGCUAAUAAAUUGAUUAAUGUUGUUUCUUCCCUUUUA